UCGCCGACUUGACAAAAAUGACCCGCUCGAACGCGUCCAGCGUGUCGCUUUUUUGGAACUGCGAAAGCAAAGCCGCCCUGUCUCCCGCAGUGUAUUCUGGGUACCCACAGUAGAUUCAAGAUGGCGGCGAGCAGGAGACUGCACAAGGAACUUGAAGAGAUUCGCAAGUCUGGAAUGAAAAACUUCCGAAACAUUCAAGUGGAUGAAUCCAACAUACUGACCUGGCAAGGUCUCAUUGUCCCUGACAACGCACCUUAUGACAAGGGAGCUUUCAGAAUUGAAUUAAUCUUCCCUGCCGAGUACCCCUUCAAGCCCCCCAAGAUCACGUUCAAGACGAAGAUCUACCACCCCAACAUCGACGAGAAGGGACAGGUGUGUCUGCCUGUCAUCAGCGCAGAGAACUGGAAGCCAGCCACCAAAACAGACCAAGUAAUUCAGUCCCUGAUUGCGUUGGUGAACGACCCCCAGCCAGAGCACCCUCUGAGGGCAGACUUAGCAGAAGAAUACUCAAAGGACCGGAAAAAAUUCUUUAAGAACGCAGAAGAGUUUACAAAGAAACAUGGAGAAAGGAGACCAAUGGACUGAUUACUUGACCAGUGUGUAGCCCCCUCUCUCUCCCUUCCCCCCCCCUCUCUCUCUCUUCCUCACCCUCAACUAAAUGUAUGUCUUCUCCUUCCUUCUCUCUGUACCUUCCCCUCUCUCUCUCUCUCUUCUUCCCCUCUCUCUCUCUUCCUCACCCCACAACCAAAUGUAUGUCUUCUCCUUCCUUCCCCCACUCUCUCCUCCCCAUCUCCCCACACAUCCUCUCCUCCAUUCUUCCCUCACACAUACAUGCCAUCCUAGCAGCCUCAGCGCAUGGCUGCCGACACAGCCUACCCUUUACACAGGACCCUGGAUCAGACAGGUUUCUCCUCCUCCUGGUGAUAGUUUGAGGCCGUUACUAACUUUCUACUAUUUUCUUAAAUUAAAAUGAAAAAAUGUUUUUGGUUAGUUCACUUCCAUGUUAAAGAUGGUGAACUAAUGGGGGGGGGGGGUAGAAGGAAAUGAUUAAAAAAAAUCCAAUGUUUUAGUUUGGCUGUUUGUUUAAAAAGAGAAAAAACAAGAAAUCACAGCUAGAGUAUCGUAUGCCUCUUGUGGUAGCACUAAUUUGUGGAAGGAGAUUUUUCUGACAGAGAAUGAAAAGUUGUGGUUCUGCUUUUCUUAUUUUCUGUUUCCUGUUCUCUUGUCUCACCUUGGUCUUGUCACACCCCAAAAUGAAACGUUAGCUAGGCCCUGGAA